AAGGAGUCCUCUGCGUUGGCCACAGCUGCUUCCCAUCCCCGCCAAGGGCAGAUCUGAGAUGGCUGCGGUGGGGUUUGCCUUAAGGAGCGGUCUGCGCGGCGCCCUGGCCUUGCCACACCAACAACGGGCCUGGAACUCGGGUUCCGGGGCCGACCAGUUAGGUGAGCUGGGCAAAGGUGCGGGUAAAGGCGGUGGAGGAGGCGGAACGAUCCGCGAGGCUGGCGGCGCCUUCGGGAAACGGCAGGCGGCCGCGGGAGAGCGCUAUUUCAAGGAGAAAGAGAGAGAACAGCUGGCUGCUCUGAAAGAACACCAUGAAGAGGAAAUCAGUCACCACAAGAAAGAAAUAGAGCGUCUGCAGAAGGAAAUUGAACGUCACAAGUACAAGAUCAAGAAGCUGGGAGAUGAUGAUUAAGUGGCUGGGGUGUCCUUGUUGACGUGUUGCGCAUCUGGCAUCGCUUUGAAAAUGGUGAUGUCAGACAGCGUUUGAGAAUUUGCCAUUAUCACAGUGUGCAAAUUGUGAAAUAAAAUGAUUUACUCUC